AUGGACCAAAGACUUCUAAGAAGCACAGAAGGGGGCAGAGAUGUGGCGAGCUUCUGCUGUCUGCAGUUUGCAAGCAAGACCCUGCCCUGGAAACAGGUGCAAGGGUACGAGCUCACCAGAAGCAGCUGUUCAAUUCCAGCUUGUGGCCCGACCAGAUUCAUCACCAAAAAAGGCCGGAGGGUCUGUGUCCCACAGAAGGAGGGAUGGGUACAGAAGUACAUCUCCUUACUGAAGACCCAGCCCCAGCUAUGA